AUGGCACCCACCGUUGAAAUCCACUGGGGGAUGUGGAACACCUACCCCGCGUUGACGGUAGGGUUUCCCUUGUUCACGUUAUUGAUGCUCAUCAUAAAUACCGCCACCGGAGGGGCGGUGAACAAAGCCCUCGCUCUUUCGCCCACAGUGGAACCUCUGCUCGACUUGUUGAACCGAUUACUGUUCUUCCAAGUCGUCCACAAAGGGUUCUUCCACUGGGCUCUCAACAUGAUGGGUUUGUUUACCCCUAUGAUGUUGUUUGAACGUACCCACGGUACCGUGUACACAGGGAUCACGCUUAACUUGUUGGCGGUGUUCUGUGGCAUCCCUUACUACUUGUUGGGAAAAGUGUUUUACAAAAACGCCGCCGUGUUGGGUCUGCUGGGGUACGUCUUUUCGUUCUUCACCUACUACUGCUGGCGGGAGUCUCGCGUCAAUCGCGUGGCCCGUCGCUACGUUGUGGGCAGCAAAGAGGUGGAAAUUCCCACCGCUGGGCUCCCCGUUGUGAUCUUGUUAUUGUGGACGGCGAUCUCAUGGGUGUUUGACUUACAAACGUCGUUCCCUGGUCACGCUAUCGCCGUGGUGUUGGGUUACCUUUUGGGUAUGGGACACAUGGCUAAGUUGUACCCUCCGUCGACAGCUAUUUUGUGGAUCGAGUCGAAGGUCAGCAAGGGAAUUGACCAGUUGGCUCCGUUGGUGACUUACUACCGAGAAGAAGUGUCGAGUGGCAACCGUUCCGUCGACUACUCGCCCAUUUUCUCAUUCGACCUCGAAUCCAGCGCCGCGGGACCCGGACAAUUCGUCACCGAAUCGCGGGUGUUGGGGACAUAG